UGUGAAAAUAAGAUCCAAAAUGGAAUUGCAUGUCUUGCCAAAUCUUGGUACUUUAAUUAACUGUUGAAGCCCUCACUUUAUAGACAUUGCUUCCAGGCCUUUGGAAGCUUGUGUUCAAAAAAAUACUUUGUUUUUGACUGGACGCUUUUAUUUUGAAGGCCGAUCCUAGCAUUUAGCGCGUGACCGGAAGUUUGAUCUUUGCUGCAGCGAUGCAUAGAUCUUCGCGUUCUUAUUUAUCGUAUUUGACCUCAUUCCAAGUAAGGCUUGAAACCUGUGUGCCAAAUAAAGGCGUCUUAAAAUACAUUUUGUUUCCCACCUUUUUAAUAAAUAACCAAUUGCAUURAUUUUUAACAAGUAUUUACUGACCACUGACGUUAGCUUAGCAUGUUUAACUGUCCACAACAUGCUGUUUUUAUUUUCUCAGAGUCAAAAAAGACAUUUUUAUGAAAGACAGAAGARUGUGUUUGUGAUGGAGUUUAGGGAGACAAAGCUGCUACUCAGUGGGUGAAKAUGUCUGCAGUCCAGAUGCAGAGAGUGUCGAAGAAGCAUCAGAAGUUGGUGGAAGAAGAACCCGGAAGUCCACCUGAAGAAAAGCUGUCAUCUCACUUUGAUGAUGUCCAGAGGGUACUGGUGGUCAAAGAUGAGUUUUCUCCUGAUAACUGUUCCAGUCUGGACCAGGGGGACGAAAAGCCCCCAAAGAUCAAAGAAGAGCAGGAGGAGAGUGACAUCAUAGAGUUCACCUUCAGUCCUGUUCCUGUGAAGCGCGAGGAUGACCAAAACGACCCUAAUUUCUCAGAGGUUCAUUCUUGUCCGGAGAAGAGGAACAGAGACUCGGCGGAACCAGAACCACAUUGGAGCUCACAAUCAGCCAUGGAGGAGAAAACUCCAGAGUCUUCAGAGACGGACGUUAGUGAUGGAAACUGGGAGAAGGGCGGUGAACCUCAGCCAGGUUUAAACAGAGACACCAAGCCAAAGUUAUACAGCUGUGCCGAAUGUGGCAAAACAUUUGAAUACAAGUCGCGUCUGUUGAAACACUGCCGAAUCCACACGGGAGAAAAACCCUUCAGCUGCUCUGUUUGUAAAGCAACGUUUACGUGGAAACACUCAUUUGUGCAACACACGAGAAUCCACACGGGAGAGAAGCCUUUCAGCUGCUCCAUCUGUAGUCAGUGCUUCAGUCGGAGGGAAGGAUUAACUCGCCACAUGAAACGUCACACUGGAGGCAAACCUUACGUCUGCUCCGUCUGCAACGAAGCUUUUACCUGGAAGCAGAAUUUGGCGGAGCAKGUGAAAACCCACUCAACAGGAGAGACGUUCAGGUGCUCCGUUUGUAAAGCCGAUUUUAAGAAGAAACAGUCGCUGUUGGAUCACAAAAGAACUCACAGGGAGGAAAAAUCUUUUGUCUGUUCUGUGUGUGAGGCAACUUUUAGAGAAAAGCACAAUUUAGUGCAGCACAUGAGAAUCCACACAGGAGAGAAACCUUUUAACUGCUCCAUCUGCGAGACGUCUUUUACACGGAAGCACUCAUUUGAGCAACACUUGAGGAUCCACACGGGGGAAAAACCCUUUGGCUGUUCGUUUUGUGGUCUAACUUUCAGCAGGAAGAAAAAUUUACUCCGUCACAUGAGGCGUCACACUGGAGGCAAACCUUACGUCUGCUC